AUGAAACUUCUGACGGUCGCCUUUUCCCUUCUUCUUCUCGGGCAAGUCCAUGCCAGUCCUUUGGUACUCGACAAAAGGUCUUCCUGCCAGUUGGGUGACGUCUGGGACCUCAAUGCUGCAGACGCCGCCUGCAGCGCUUCGUGUGCCAUUCAACACGGCGACAAACACGGCGGACACUGCGAUAAGAACAAUGGCGCGAAUCUAACAAGAGUAGCCCUGAAAUCUGCCCAGACUGUGCCCUUGAUGCUCGCUGCUCUGAGCUCCAAAGCAAUGAUAACCUACACAAUUGCUCGAAUGGAAUGA